CCAAACUUAUCUGAUGCGACUCUUUCUUCAAAACAUGUUGCUGGUCUUUAAUGGGGGGGUAGAAAAAAAAAAACACAUUGAACCACUCUCAGUAUAGAAGUCGAUUGAUUAUAAUGAGUUACUUUUAUGUAAGAUAAGCAGCGGUCUAGUUUUUUUCGGGGCCAAACUUACCCUCCUCGCUGCGGAAGCGCAGCACCGCCGUCCUGCCGCCGUUUUCAUACUCAACUUCGCAGUCACCACCGUUCGACUUCUUACUCUGAAAGUACUUCACUAACUUGUUUUUGAGUCGUGGUGUGUUGUUUUCUUCGAGCUCGACGCGCAGAGCAUACGAGUACGCGUCCGCCAUCGUCGCUGGCUCUCCGGUACACUCUGCACGGGCUUUACUUUCGCUUUUGUUUCUCAGGAAAUGAAACGGAGACCUUUUUGUUUUUCGACGUCGUUGUCGAGUGCGCGGCCAUGAAACGUUGACGCAGACAGUGCUGCAACUAAAGACUGGACGCGGGUAUGCUGUUAUAUUGUCCAGUGGGUUAUGUGAUAGAGAUGUCGGGUUAAACAGAAGAUUGACUAACAUCCGUGGGGGAGUUCUGGGAGGUCCGCGCCCUGUUUCUUUCGUUUCACUUUCUGCUUUACUCGGUACUUUCCAGCGCGGAUGGAACCAUGGCCAGUAAAUUAGACAUUACUCUUCGUGGGACUUCGUUGAACAUUGUGAGACAAUGUGGCCCUGCUCUGAGUGGCGUCGUUAAAAGCAAGUUUGGAUGCGAGGCCACCAUCGACGGUGUGGAUUUCGAAAGAGAUCCGCGCGCUGCGCAGCAGAGGAGGCCAACCGUCAAGCCAGAGAAAAGAUUUGCCACUACUCUGCAUGGAGGUGUCCAGUUGUCCGUGUGGAGGGAUGAUCUCACCAAUGUCCAGGCAGAUGCUGUCGUGAAUGCUGCUAACGAAGGUCUUCAGCAUUGUGGCGGCCUUGCUCAAGCUCUGUCCGACGCCGGUGGUUCACAAAUCCAGAGAGAGAGUGACAAUUACGUUGCGAACUACGGUCCCUUGAAAACAGGGGAUGCGGUUGUCCUUGGUGCCGGGUCCCUACCGUGCAAGAAGAUUAUUCAUGCUGUGGGCCCCUGCCUACCAAGCUAUCCUUUUAUGUCAGAUGUUAGUCGGUCUCAGUGGCUGUUGGAGAAGGUCAUCUGCAGCAUUCUUGACAAAGUUAAGGAAAACCAGCUGCAGUCCGUUGCCAUUCCUGCCAUAAGCUCUGGUCUGUUCAACUACCCCCUGCCAGAGUGUGCGACCACCAUAGUGAUAACUGUUAAACGCUACUAUGAAAACGCUAUUUUUUCAGCACAUCUCCCCAAAGAGAUCCUCCUUGUGAACAACGACGAGCCCACGGUGGCAGAAAUGGUGCGGGCCUGCCGUCAGAUAUUACCCGACGGCAACAGCAGCGGUGCAGCCAAAACCUCAGCAGGUCCCGUCCAGCUUGGAAACGUCCUCCUGACCCUGAAGACGGGUAAAAUCGAGGAACAGCAGACAGAUGUCAUUGUAAACACCACGUCACCCGGGCGAGACUUGAGCAGCGGUGUGGUCUCCAAAGCGUUAUUGAAGAAAGCCGGCAGAAAAAUGCAAGAAGAAAUUAUUGAGGCUCCUCUGAAAGAAUGUCUCAUCACCACAAAACCCUACAUGCUGCACUGUAAAGAGGUGUUUCAUACCCUUUGCCCUGACAGGGGAAUAGGAGCAGCGGAGAAGAGGAAUUCAUCAGAUAUUCUUUAUAAAUCUGUAUUGGAAUGCUUGUGGCAGGCAGCCGCACAUAAGCACAAGUCAAUCGCCUUUCCUGCCAUCGGCACCGGUGGGCUCGGGUUCAGCAAAAAGGAAUCCGCCCACAUCAUGACACAGGCCGUGGCAGACUUCGACCAGAAGUCCAAAACAAAGAUGGACGUUCAUUUCGUCAUAUUUCCUUCGGACAACGACACAUUUAAGGCUUUUGAGGAGCAAAUGGGAUCUCUCAAGCACAAGGCAUCUCAUCCCGGUUCUGCACAAGCAGCGAACUGGUCUUCACCAGCAGUUGAGCACAGAGAGGGCUUCCUUGGCGGCAGCGCUCCCACACCACAGAUCAGACUGAACGGGCCCUCCAACGAAGCAAAGCGCGAGGCCAAACGGUGGCUCACCGGCCUUCUCUUCAAAUCCUCCGGCCCCGUCAUCAUCUACAACAACUUCAUCCAGCACUUCGGCGAGCAGGAACACCUGCAGCUGUCCCGUCUUGUCAAAGGGGACCUCUCCAUCGAGGAGUUCUUCGAGAACGGCCGCGCCAGCUUGACUGUGAGCGGGGAGCCGGUGGAGGAUGUUGUAGUCGCCGGGUUGCAGGUGGAGGCCAUGCUCUGCAACAUCCAGAAGAAUUUCGCCACGGAGGAAGAGGACUUCAUGCAAGCCGUGUUGACGAAGAGCCUGUCCUUUGGAAGAAAGAUGGUCGACAACACAAGCCCAGAGUUCUUGGACAGAUUGUCUAUCUUCAAAGAAGACGGGCUGUGGCUAUUGCAGAUGGAGAAAGUGGAGAACAUUGCACUGGAGACGCUCUUCGGCCUCAAGAAAAAACAGCUGAGCUGCACCACUCCGCCCCAACAAAUGCUUCAACACAUACCGGCACACUUCUGUGAGAUGGUCAGCCAUAUUGGAUUCCAUGCAGAGUAUGCUCCACCUGAUGGAUCGAGUCCACCUGAAGGGUCCCAACUGGAUUCCACUCAGAAACCAAACAACUUUUUCUUUUUCCUCCUUUUAUUUUUGGUAGGUUCAGUUCAGUUCAGCACGCCACUCAGUUCAGUUAGCCACUCAGUUCAGUACGCCACUUAGUUCAGUUAGCUUAGCACUUCUAGCCUUUUAGCUUAGCACUUUUAGCAGUUCAUUCAGUCAGGUAAAAAAACCUUUAAAUAGAAAAGAAACAGAACCCAUAUUAAAUACACAAAUUAAUUUACACAGGCAAAGUUUUCAUGAUAGCUUGAUUAAAUAAAGCACCAGUGUCAAAUCCUAUAAUCUAACAAUGCCCUUAUAUUAAUAAAUACAGUUAAUGCUAUAUCAUGUACAUUUACAAUACCAUCAGUGAAUAAUUUAACCUCUUAUUACAAGUUACCGCAACCAGAUAAAAACACAUUUGUGGGCAGUCAAUCAUUAAACAACAGCAUUCCAAACCAAAGGGUUAUAGGUGCAUGCACCUGUAAAGAUCACCGUGGCGUGAUGCUAAUGCUAAAAAACUGGUCGGCAGUUCUCUUCACAUCAGCUUCAAAGUCUCAGUUAUUUGCGCAGUGUCAGCUCCCUUACCGGCUGCCUCUCCAGACCUUUCCGACUCGUCAGUCAUGCAGUGACGGCCGCAGAUUUCCACACGAUACGAUCUCGACGGUACUUCCGUGUCCAAUUUUCGGACCGUAUUUUCUGCGACACCGUGUGUUAUUGCGUCUCUGGUUAUAUACCUCCAGGCAGAUUGGUUCCGCCCUGCUUUCCCUCCGAACAGUCACACAGUAUCAAUCCCUUUACUAACGGCUUCAUUUAUUAUUUCAUUUACCAUUAGUUUAAAUUACUUUCAGUUAUUUAUAUUGUUUCUAUUUAUAUAAAAGAAAACCCCUGUUUGACUUGACAAUAGCGCUGCCACAAAUAGCAUCUGAUAAACGUGCAAACAUUAUUUUCCGCCUGGUCAUCAUUUCUAGGGUCUUAAAAACUCAGCAGCUGUUUUCCUUUUGUGU